UUGACAGCUGAUAGGUUAGCAACAAACAAUCAACUACUCAGCCUAGCUCACAGUCCUCCGACCGAAUUUUUAAUACUCAAACUACUCCAUGGCCACCCCUAUGUCAAGUGGCAUACACCCUGGUAAAAAACCACGAAGAUUGCGAGGAACUCCGUCCUGGCGCAUUCGAAACUACUUUGCAACUGGCGUACUUGUUGCAGGCACAGCAUUAUUUGCGCUUAUCCAGGCCCUAACAUACAAUAAAGAGAAAAACGAAAAAAUUAGACAAUUUCUAGCCGUGACUGAGGAAGAGAAAGAUCGCCGUGGAUUGAUGUCUCUCAUUAAACCCAGACGAGGAGAAGAGAUUCUCAGGAUAAUGGAAGAAGCCGAAGAAAUCAAGAAGAAGAUAUGAUAUAUGAGUGAGGUUUUUAGUAUUUAUCUUACAUUUAAAGUAGUUUGUGUAAAUAAAUAGCAAAUUUAUCA